AUGCCGAAUGUCGAUGAAGCGCAGCUGGCGCAGAAGCUCAGUCAGAUGAUUACACAAUCGCUGAGCCAACCCGAGGAAUCAGGUGGGCACGAUGCACACUCACCAGAUGCCGUACGUCUCCUGAAGUGUCUUGGCAAGGUGGAGAAGGAGUUGUGUCAAGCGUACGGUGUCCAAGCUUUUGCACAGUUCGGUCUUCAAGACCGCUUCAGCGAGUUUCUUUUGAGACACAGCAAGAUGAUGGCAGCGAGCCUGAGCCACCUUUGGGUCGGACAAACAGCACCGGCAGUUGCCAAGCUUUGCAGCCUUCUUCAAGGCUCGUGCCCCUCGCCUCAUCAAGUCUGUGAACAGGCACGCCAACAUUUCAUCGGAUUGGCAUGCGACCUGCAGCCGGGAGCUUUGCCGCCUGCCAGCGAAGGGGUGAGGCCUCGCUUUCCACCUCGGGAGGUUCAGGUUCUCUUGGCCAGGUCUGACCUGCUCCAGAGGCAGAGCCGAGCUCAAGGUGUUGGUAUGGUUUCGGCAGAGCACAAGAAAGAGCUCAUGAAGGAAGCUGUGAAAGCUGUUUGCGAGGCGCCAAUGUUGAUCGACCUGUCCGAGGCCCUGCCGCAGUGGCGCACGAGAUUUGAGCCGACGCUUGGAACCCUAUUUCAGUUCCUUGGUUCUGAUGAGCUGGCCACCCUUCUGCUGUCUGCUGGCACAGCCACGCAACUGCCUCCACUGGAUGUGGUUGAAGUGCGCUGUGGCGUAUUGAUGCGGCUUUCAGAUGGUAGCUUCACCACGUUGGAGGCUGCCUUGCAGGCAAAGGACAGGGUCGGACAGCGCAGUGAUCGAGCGAUGCCAGCAAGGCUGGUCAUGGUGCGGCCUGCCGAAGCGGUCUGCAGCCUCCGCCCGGCCGUGGCUACGGACUGGUCCGAGCAGCAUCUCGCACUGCUAGAACCGCUGUUGAAUGCAACAGGCAGAUACGUGGAGCUGAGCCUGCUGCCGGGGAAUCUGACAGAAGCUUUAGGCAUUCCCUGUUUGGACAGCAACCUGACUAUUGAUUGCCUGACCCAGUUCCACUUGUGCACGCAGAGACCGGUAGCUGCUGAUGACAUGGACAAGUUGCAUUUGCUGUUGUUGAUCCUCGCUUCUGAUCCCUCCUUUGCCUUGAGACGCCUUGAUCACAUGCCCAUGAUUCCAACAGAGGAUGGCCAGUUGGUUGCUCCGGCAGGGGCACACGUCUACAACGUGGGUGUUGACUUCAAAGGAGUCGUUUCUGGGGCCAAGAUUUUGAGCUCAGCAUUUGCAGCCGUGAUGCAUCAGAAAGUGUCCGGGUUUCUGCACCGAGCUGGCGUGGAACAUGCUGAUGGCCUACACUUCUUCAAGCAAGUACUGGUGCCCUUUCUCACAGGCCCGAAGCCAGAGCUUAUGGAGCUUGUACAAUGCACGCGAGCGGCUCGACGCUUUUUGCUGCGCAUGAACCUCGAGGAGGUUGCUGUAGAUGGCCGACACGGUGCGGAUGAACGAGAUGUGGUGUGGUGCAGCAAUGAUCAGCCAGUUCAUUUGCGGCAGCUGCCAGAGGUGUUGCGGAAUGCAUACUCAGAUCGGUGGCUUUGUGUGUCAGACAUCUACUGGGCUGGCCAACCAGAAGGCGAAGCUUGGAAUGACUUCUGGACAGCGGUUGGACUCUGGCCAGCCUUCGGGGUGUCGGAAGGCAACAGCGCCGAAUUGGAGCGUUUGAUGAGUUCUGCACGCUGUGAGGCCAGCCAUGGCUCAACCCUUGUUGCACAAGCACUGGUCGCAUUCCUGGCACCACAUGGCAAGUUCUACAGCCGCUACUGCUUGAAAACGGGCGAAGGGACAGUGGAGAAGGAAGAGCGUCAAGGCAACAAUGUCUGGCCGAAGGGAAACACAUCUCAGGGCAUUUUGCAGCUCUUGCAGACAGUACCAUGGCUGCCUGCCCACCGCGGACACAAACUGCUCCAAGUCUCUGAUGCGUGGCUGGCUGAUACGGUAUCCCCAUUGGAGGAGCCCUUUAUCUUCGCAGCGUGUGUUGGGGACCUUCAUAAGUUCUGGCCAUUCUUGGGCUUCCGGACAGCACCAACCUUGAAGAAUAUCGAACACAUUUUGCGUAAUCACUCUUAUCAGAACACGUACAGUGUAUAUGCGUGCCGAUGCUUGUACCAGAGAUUGGUGCAGGAGCUGAACAGUAGAAGUGCAGCAGAGUUGGAUGCAGACAGUGCUGAAACGCUGGAAUUCCUACGCAAGGAAGAAUGGAUUUUUGUCCCAGAGCAUCCUCGAUUGAUCGCAGGACAUCGAGAUGCUUUUGACAUGAAGGGGGAGCAAGAGCCGCGGGUCGGCAAGUGGUAUCGCUUGGCUGAUGUGGUUUUCAAGGACGCCAGUCGAUUGGUCGACACCUAUAGCAGGAGUGUGACGGAUGCCGCCAGUGAUUUUGCAAGGGAGGCAAGUGGCAAGCGCAUUGUCGGCCAGUAUUACUGGGGCCCGCAUACGCUGUUCCCAGCGAAUUGGACGGGCUCGCGAUACUCCAGGCAGCAUGCUGAAGUGCAGGAGCUGUUUCUCAGUCUGGGCGUGAAGCAGUGUUUGCAAUGGUCGGAUUACUUCUCGAUUCUGGCCGCUGUGGACCAGCACGUGCGCAGGACACCAGAAGCUCGUGCAUGCCAGGAGCCUCACAUAGUAUGUGCUGUCGUGCAAAUCUUCGGGCACUUGGUUGACGAGGUGGACCGAGAGCUAUCAGAAGGAGAGACAAGUUUGGAUAAUGAAGGAGGAGCUGUGUUCCAAGACGAAAAAGUGUCGGAAUCAGCAGCGAAGAUACUGCGGCGACUCAGGCCGCAUCUCGCGAAGUCCGCGAAGCUUCGGGCAUUCCUCGUGAACACAGCAGACUUUGCUUGUGUCCCCACAGCAGCUGGAAGCUGGGCCCGCUUUGGUGAGGUCUUCUUCCUGGACAACCCGGCACUUUCGGCUUGGCAAGGUGACUGCUUGAAGCUGGUUGCUGGAGUGGACCGCGGCCUUGAGCCUUUGGCCUGGGAGGCAGAGCGGCUUCGCCGUGUUUUCCAGAGCUGCGGCCUACUUGCUGAGCCAAUUUUGCGGCACCGAGCGCGUGUGGCGCGCUGGCAUCGCGGCAAAGAGGCAGCAUUGGCAUCGGCGCUGCUGCUGGCAGCUGCGCGUUGGGCGAACGAGGAGGCACCCUCACACGAUUUGGCAGAGGCCAUCAGAGUCCAGAGCAAGGAGGUCGAGUUCGUUGAAGUGCUUUCAGCAGAUCCCGAGAAGGAGACUGAUGACGUGGCCUUCCUUCCGGUUGAGGAAGUGGUUGCUGUGGAGCCAGGAGACGUUGAAAGCAAGCGCGACUUGCCAUGCGGAUUGCUACUGUGCAAUACGAAGGCUGUGGUCACUGAAUCUGUGGAAUUUGUUCUUGUCCGGCCGCCGCUUCAAGUAGAAAACUAUGUCGGCUACUUGCAGCAGGCCUCCGGAGAGACUUCGCCAGAACCCGGCGCACUUGUGGGCGCCUUUGCGGACACCGCAACACAAGCAAUGGCGACACAGUUUGCCGCUAGCGUGGUGAACACGGUGGUGGAAAAUAGCAUCUCGUUGGCCAAAAUGCAGCCGAGUGAAGCCCGGCUCCCUCUCGACAAAGACUCUGUGAAGCGAAAAUUGCUGAAGCGCCUCCAGCAGGUUGCUGCUCACUUGCAAGCCUCGCCACCAAAGCGCCUAGAGCCACCAGCUGUCGCUGUCGAGCGAGCGGCAAGGACCGCUGGCUACGCGGGCGCAGGAAGUGCCGAGGAUUUGCUCCCGCCAUGGGCUCCCUUCAGCACAGAGCCUGUGCAAGCUGAAAGGGAGGAAGGCAACGCUGCUCAGAAGUGGAUGGAGGCCGCGGCCAUCCCGGAGGAAGUGCGCGAUGAGAUGCAUAUUGAAAGAGAUACAGACGAAGAGGAAUCUCAAAGCACGACAAGAGGUGGCAUGCUGUCCUGUGCCUUGAAAGCCCUGGCGCCAUCAGCAUCAGCUGACGGGCCUCCCAAACGAAUGUUCCCGGCUACACUGCCCCUGGCGGCCACCGGCACUGGGCCGCUCCCCGGGCCCGGGCCCGGGGCUGGGCUCGCUGAGCGCGGCUUCACGCUGGGGAACGCUGAUGCCGAGGGCCUGGAACGGCACCUCCGGAGCCUGCGCGCCAGGAACCAGAACGGGGAGGACGAUAAAGAGGGUGAGGACGGUGAGGACGAGGAGGGUGAGGACAAGGGCUCGGAGAUGGUGCUAGACGCAGCCGGGCGGGCGACGGUGGCGCAGCUGGCCGGACUGUCAGAGGAUGAGAUGACGGAAGUCAUUGGUCGCUUAGGUGAACAGGCAGCAGUGGAGGCCCUGAAAGCACGCGAUUUCGAUGUUGCCUGGGUCAACAGCGACUCGGAGACAGGUCUGCCCUUUGAUCUUGUGGUGCGACCAAGAAGUACGCAGCCUUGGCCAUUUGCCCUGCGCCAGCUCAGCAAGUCAAGUGCCAACAAGGUUCCAUCGCUGAGCGACAUCGAGGUGGCAUUGGCACAGGACACAGGCGCGGCAUUGGUGGAGGUCAAGGCCAGUCUGGCGGCUUCGGGCGUUUUCGACAUCAGCUCUGCGCAGCUGGCGAUGGCACGGCGUUUGGGCAACCGAUACUGGCUGGUGCUGGUGAAGCAGCUUUCCAAGGGCGUGGGGCGACUCCACGUACUUCAGGACCUGGACAAAGCUUCCAGAGAUGGCAGGGUGAAAUUGCUGCUGCUUGCAUAG